CACACGCAGUCACACACACACACACACAGUCACACACACACACACACACACACACACGCAGCAGAGACAGAAAAAAGUUUGGAGCUCAGACUCCGCAGUGCCACGCAGGAGAGACGAGAGGCCGCCGCCGCCGCAGACACGACUUCCCCCCCGGAGCGACCUUGUCGAGAGAAGCGAAAGUCAAAACAAAGACGUGCGCCAUAACCGCGAGGAGGAGAAGAAGAAGAAGGAACAGCUUAGCAACCAGAAGAGUCCCACACUUCCUGAGGUGUAAAGGAUCAAGCUCCUGACACCAUGGAUAUGGAUACACAGCCACAAGGACAGCAAGCAGCAGUGCCAGUGUUCCAACCCCAGAAACCACUGCAGCCAGAUAUGGGCCAUAAUUCACUGGCUAACUUCCAGAUUGAGAAGAAGAUUGGUCGUGGGCAGUUCAGUGAGGUGUACCGGGCGAGGUAUCUGCUCGACAACACAUCGGUGGCCCUGAAGAAGGUCCAGAUAUUCGACUUGAUGGAUGCCAAAGCUCGGCAAGAUUGCAUCAAAGAGAUAGAUCUCCUUAAGCAAUUGAACCACCCCAAUGUGAUAAAGUACCACGCAUCUUUUAUUGAGGACAAUGAGCUUAACAUAGUCCUGGAGUUAGCGGAUGCCGGGGACCUCUCACGUAUGAUCAAGCACUUUAAGAAGCAGAGGAGGCUUAUCCCAGAGAGAACGGUUUGGAAGUACUUCGUCCAACUCUGCAGUGCGCUCGAACAUAUGCACUCCCGGAGGGUCAUGCACAGAGAUAUCAAGCCUGCCAAUGUUUUCAUCACAGCCACAGGAGUAGUGAAACUAGGAGACUUGGGACUGGGACGAUUCUUCAGCUCCAAAACAACUGCCGCUCAUUCGCUAGUGGGUACUCCUUACUACAUGUCACCGGAGAGGAUACAUGAAAACGGAUACAACUUCAAAUCUGACAUCUGGUCGCUAGGAUGUCUGCUCUAUGAGAUGGCAGCUCUACAGAGCCCGUUCUAUGGGGAUAAGAUGAACCUUUACUCCCUUUGUAAGAAGAUAGAACAGUGUGACUACCCUCCUCUUCCCUCAGAUCACUACUCAGAGGAGCUGAGGAACUUGGUAGAUAUGUGCAUCAACCCCGACCCAGAGAAGAGGCCGGACAUCGCCUACGUGUACGACAUUGCCAAACAAAUGCAGAACCAUACACAGGGCAGCUAAGCCCACAGUUACACACCUGAUCGCUUUGCAGAACUUGUCCCAACACCCCUCCCCUCGCUUUUCAUGCUGGACUUGUACACAUCUAUCAGCUUUUAUACAAUAACUUACUCCAGAGUUUAGCUCCCUGUGAUAAGUAGAACGUGAAACUGAUUUUUAUUUCCAAGGUGAUGCUACAGUCUACGACACCACUGACUCCCAAACCAUUUCUUCCCUGCGAUAAAGAUUAUAGAGAUUAUAAUGUUUUGUCACAUGGACCUCCCAUUCCUUAGACUUCGAAGUUACAGCACUGAAAAUCAGUGUGUUGUAGCUCAUUGAUGUGUUUGUUGCUGUGGCUUAAAAUAAGCAUGUCCAUUGUAUUUUCAUGUAGGGAAAUAUAGCCAUUCUUCAGAAGAUUCUGUUUAAAGCACAUAUACUAGAAAAUGUUCAAAUUAGAAAACAUGAGUGUAUUUUUCAGUGUUGCUUGAUGUCCUCAAAGCAAUUCAUCAACGCAAAGAUCAUUAAAAAAUAGUCUCAUGUGACCUGUGGUCAACAAGUGGCACAAAAAAAAAAGACCAUGAAAACUUUUUAGAACAACGGUAACUCUGAAGUGAAUAGAUUUUCAAUCAACUGCAGCAGAAGUGAGAGACGUAAAGAGCGUUAUUGAUGGUUUGAAGUGUUGUUGUGUUGCACUUUUUCAAAUCCUGGUGAAAGACGGCUGGCAAGGUGAUCACGUCUAAUGAAUGCAUCAGGAAAGGAAAGAUCAUCUGCAGGGUAGACUGGAGAUGUGCUGGGGGAAGAACAUGGGCAAAUGUCUCCACAACACUUUUGAAUGUAAGUCAUGUUGACACCUAUGUAUUGUCUUUGAAAAAUUCAGAGUGUGUCUUUUUCUUGACUGCCUGGAGGGAUGUGGUAGAAACUGUAACACAAGCAGUUUUACAUCUGCUGUUUACCUUCGUCACCGACACCAAAAUAUCUCCUCCCCGCUGCAGCUUUAGCAACGUAUACUGUUAUUACAUAGCGUCAGGUAAAAAAACCAGUUAAAACACAUAGUUCUCCAUCAUGGUCCAGUGGAUCUGUUUGACCCACCAGCUUGUUAAUGUUGCUGUGUCAGUUUGCAGUGUUGUUAAGUAACUAAUGUGUUGAAAGAGAAUGACAGUGCGCCUCCAUAUUUUCUGUUGAGAUACCAAAGAGGGAAGUCACACAUGAAGAGAGCAGUUUCUAUAUAGUUACAGUAUAUUGAGAUCUCUUUCAUGAGAAGUAUAUCAGACAGUAAAACACAAAUAAAACAAGCACCAAUAAGGUUCAUUUCUUACUGUACAUAGUGAAGAGGUUCCUAUAGUUUUAAUACUGAAGGGUUUUACUGACCCUUUAUUCAUUUGGAGGGAAGGUGAUUUGUUUUUCUUGUAACAGGAUAAGGUUUACUCCAGUGGGUCACAAAAGACCAACACUGACUUCCACCAGUUUACAUAAUGACAGUGAUACCACAUGGAAGGUAUAGCACGUAAACAAUAAUUGGUAACGCUUUAUUUCAGUGUCUUAUGAAUUUGUCUUUUCACAUGAUCAAAUUGCCUGUUAACUGCUCGGUUGGAUUAUCGCUCGUGUUCUUCAUGUUUUAGUUUUCCUUGUUUUGUUUUUUUUAGUUAACAUUUAAUACUAUUAACAUGUGUUAAAUACAAAAUCAAAGCUUGUAGGAGCAAGAAAAUAAGUUAUUUUAUUGUGGUUAACAGAAUGUUUUGAUAGUGUCUUGCUACUCGGUAUAUUUUCUGAGACGUGCAAAUACAGUGUUUGCAAUUUUUGUUUGCGAUUGUCUUUAAUGUUGCUCCUUUCUCUUCCAUUGCAAUCAUUUCUUUUUGUCAAAUAUGAAUAACUACCUUGAUUGUUAAUCCUCUUCUCCCUCAAUGCUGUUUACCCUCUAUCUCUCUCUCUCUCUCUCGCUCUUAACUCUCUUAACAAGCACAUCUCUAUUGCUCCAAAAACCUUUCAGUAUUGUUGUAAUUUCAGGGGAGCAAUUGCUUUAAAGCACUUUCCACAUGUUUUAGUUGCUAUGCAGAAUUCCCUCAAUAAAUUGGUUAUAUUUUACAGCAAAAUACCAAAAAUGAAUUCUCCGGUGGUCGAUGGGGAAAAAGCCUCUGAGCUUUGACUGUAUUUAACUAAAGCAUCUGCCUUUCUAAGAGCUUCAACGAUUUAUUUACGUUUACACCCUUUUUAGAAUCCAAAGCACUGUCAUUGUUUUUUUAAGGAUUAUUAUUUUAUAAACCUCUGUAGGGGAGAUUUUUAGGAGGAUUUGAGGAUAUUACACACCAAAACCCAGUUUCUGUGUAUCUGUGUGUACAUGUAAGUCACAUUAAAACUUUGUCUAUGUCUUAGGGAGUGUUUUUUUUUUUUUGUCUUUAUGAAACAUGACAGUGCUCUCCUGUGUCCCGGCUUUUAAUUAACCUUGGCUCACCUUCCUUUUCUGCACACUCCAGAGAGUCCAGGCGUUUUCCAGAAAGUGAAAUAUUAAAUGUUAAGAUUAAUAUUUAUUGUUCUGGUAGUCUGACUGUUUUCUGAACAUUUCAUGUCAAAAAAUAGACCAUCAUCACAAAUGCCUUGUAUGCUAACUAAGAUGCAAUAAAGCUUUGAAAUUUC